AUGGAUCGUCCACUAGAGCCGAUGUUGGUCGCUGGCGAUCGUCGCCUGCCCCGAUCAGAGCGCAUACAGCCGAUUCUGGUCCUCAUCGCCUCCACUGCACUUGUAUUUACGGGAUGCGGAAUCAACUUUACAUUCGGAGUGUACCAGGAACUUUACGAUUCCAUGUCAAAGUUGCCUGAUACCCCUUUCACUGGAGCCACGCCCGCCCAGAUAGAUCUCAUCGGCACACUCUCUAUUGCACUCAUGACAAUUGGAGCUCCCUUCACCACGGCAUGGACGAAACAGUACUCUCCCCGAACAGUUAUAUGGUGUGGAGGAAUCAUAUACUCUGUCGCUCUGGUUCUCGCCAGCUUCAGCCAGGCUCUAUGGCAAUUCAUUCUCACACAAGGUCUCCUACUCGGCGUAGGCACAUGCAUGGCAUACAUGCCGUCGGUGACGGUGGCACCCACUUGGUUCUCGAUUCAUCGCGGGCUCGCCAUGGGUAUCAUUCUUUCAGGGACGGGUCUUGGAGGCGUGGUCUGGCCGCUCGCGUUCCGAUCCCUCAUCGCCCGUGUGGGCUUCCGCAACUGUCUCCGCAUCACAGCAGGAGUUUCCUUUGCUAUAAUCACUGCAUCGGGGGCUUAUAUGAAAUGGCCGGCCAGCCACCUCACUCGAAUUCGAGCUGAGAAUGCUGCGAACGCAAGAAGAUUGAGUUGGCUGCGUAUUCCCCUGGCUGAUUGGCACGUUGUCAAGACUCGAAAAUUCGCAGCUCAUGCUCUGGGGGCAGCACUUCAGUCCGCGGCCUACUAUACCCCUGUUUUCUUCUUUGCGUCUUUUGCACGCACGCUGGGGUAUUCACAGGCCUCGUCGGCCAAUUUCAUUGCCAUCUCAAACGCAGCGAAUGCCUUGGGAAAAAUCGCGAUCGGACAUGCGGCCGAUCGAAUGGGCAGACUCAACACUCUGUUCUUGACAACCUUGAUUUCGGCCGUAGCUGUCCUGGCUAUGUGGUUGCCCUCGGCCCUGUCGACUUCUCAGUCCAGCGGCAGUGUCCUCUUUAUCGUGUUCACCAUAUUUUACGGCGUCUUCGCCUCGGCGUACGUCUCGCUCUUCCCUACAAGCCUGGUAGAGCUAUUUGGCGUGCAGAACUUUGUUAGUGUCAACGGGGUUCUGUAUAUGGUGCGAGGAUUCGCGACGUUGCUGGGAACCCCAGUCGCGGGAUUGUUGAUCCGUAGUAGCCAGCACGAAAAGGCUGGCCCACGAAGUUACGAAAACACGAGCAUCAUGGUAGGGAUUCUGCUUGCGGCUGCGACUUUUGCAGUGUUGUGGGCUAGAGUUGAGGCGACUCUGACCUUUGAAGGAGGACCGGGUCAACGAAAGUGGUUGAUGUAG